AUGGCCCGAAACCCCGAAACCGGCUGCCAUGACGUGGAUCAUGAACCGGCCUUCCACAAGCCAGGCUACUACAUGACUACCAUCAUCUCCCCACACUCGCAGUUGAAACCGGUAAUAAGUUGCCUCCGGCAAGGAAACUACAUAGAGGCAAAAACACGGCUGGAGCGGAUACGGAAAGUAGACAAGUUCGCGGAAUUGGAAGAGAGUCUUCGGGCCGCCCCAGGUUCCACCCAGCAGGACGAGCAGGAAGUUAGGAAUCUUUUUGAGACCAGUCGACUUCUGGGGUUGUUGGUUGGAUAUCAUGGAGAUCACAAGCAGGCUGUGCAAAUCUUGGAGACGGCCAUUGAGCUCUGCGAAUCGUUCACAGCUGCCCGCCAACACAGCCUUUCAUCAGCAACUAUGGCGACGAUUGCAACUCGGCCAGGCCAUCAGACUCAGACAGAGCCCGGGAACUCCCAUACACAACAAACUCCCUUCGUUGUCAUUCGACACAUGAUAUGCCUAGCCCUGGCCAAGGUGUUUCUGUGGAACGGGGAAUAUGACAAGGCUUACAAUAUCGCCAUGCCGACGUGGCAGUACUUUGAGAAACGCUUCGACAUCCACCAACUGACAUUUGAGGCUGCUUUUAUUACCGCGUCAAUUCUGUCUCACAAAUUCGACAAAAGGGCGCUGCGGAUGUGUUCAAAGACAGUCAAUCUUACACGGAUACACUUGGGGGUGCAUCACCCCCUAUCUAUAGAGGUGGUUGGGACGCUUGUUGACAUAUUUCUGUGGCAAUGCCGAUAUCGCGAGGCAUAUCAAUACACUCUCCUUGUUGCGAACGAGGUGAGAGAAAGCGCGCUCGAACCUUCACACCCGGUCGCCCUGCAACAACGGGCUCAGCUUGGUGAAGCAAAGCUCGGCCGGGGCGACUUUCUCGACGGAAAAGUAGCAUUGCAGGCAGCAUACGACGCCGCGACGGUCUCUCCGAGUGAGCGACACGAUGGUCAAUCUCCCCGUCUUUGCCGGUAUCUGGCAAAACUGGCUCGGGCAAACUACCUGCUAUGGAACUUGGAAGAGUCUGCAAAGCAGGUAAGCGAGACCCUACGAUCACAAGCCAAGAUUUUCGAAGACGGAUCAAUCAAAGCAAGCCAUGACGUUGGCCCUAUGCUCAGGGCCAUAUUCUCCACGAAUGGAGGCGGCUUCGCAACUCCCAUUGCGCCGCACCCGGAUAUCCUCGAAUCACUAGACCUGUACGCAGAUAUUCUUAGCAGGUCUGACGAUAUAAGCGAUGGGGAAAAUCACCAUCUCGUCCUCGAAAUCCUCAAAUUUGUGUACAGAAUCAGGGAAGAUCGCCUUGGUAGUUCCAACAUCUUGACGCUGGGCUGCGGCGUGAACCUUGCCAUUGAACUGUCAAAAUACAACGGCGGCAGUUUGGGAUCGAAAUCUGACACCUCAUUCCUAUAUGGCGUUAUUUCUCUUGGGGAAAUGUCUCGUCGUUCCGGCUCCGCUGAACAUUGCGAUACGGCUCAAAUUGCACCUUCCAGCGCCAGUUACUAUGAUGUUAUGCGCAACUGGGCAAAAUCCGUCCGUGUUAGACUUCGAAGCCCAGGAGCCUCAAGAGGCCCAAGACAGGAGGAGUCACAGGGCACACGUUUGGAACCAACACUUCAAGUCAUGUUUCAAAAGUGUGCUCAGCUGGACAUCAAUCACGUAUACACCUGGAAAGCUAGGAUAUGGAUCGUGCUUAUGGAAAGCCUGGCCAAGGACCCCAACUUCCGAGACGAAUGGAACCUGUCUGAUUACUGGCCAACGUUGAAGAAGGUUUACAACCCGAGCCACCCCCUAGCCCUAGAGUCCUGGACAAAGCUCUGUGUAAUUGACAUGAACCUCGGGUGUCAUCUUUUCACGUACCUCGACGUCGACGAGCUACUUGCCCAACUGAGAGCAGACAACAUCCGGGAGCAAAAGCUGAUGUUGUCACUGCAUCUCGAAAACACAAUAGGGACAUUUUACUGCAGCCUCAAAGAGUACGAAAGAGGUCUGCCGGUACUAAGGCAGCUCCAGCAGUACCUGGAGACGCUCCUACGCUCCAAAGAGACACACGUGGUAGAGGUGAGGACAGCACUCGAAUCUUUCAAGGACGGAGUCGACCGCUCCUACAAGCAAGCCGUGCUCUUGGCAGAGAAGGUUUUGGCGAAAGAGUCAAUUGCACGCGACACGUAUAUCCACAACGAGCAAAUAGACGACGCCGAGCGUGUUGCUGGUAACGUUAUAGGGAUAUCCAAAGGCCUGUACGGCAAGGAGCAUGUCGAAACUUUCAAGGCUCGUUUUUCUCUGGCGGAAAUUCUGUACUCUCAUACGAAUGACUUUGGGAAACGCUGGGAAGGAUACUUCGUCGCCGAGGGAGUAUUAGAUGACGUGUCCGGUGUGAUGAAGCGGCCGGUUGCGUCAGAACUGGAGCUGAGGAAUGGUGGCCGACUGGACAAAGACCAGGUUUGCGAGUCGGCACCCGAGUUGGAGACAAAGACAAAGGGGGAGCCUCAGAUUAAGAAUGAAGACACGGAGAAACUACAACAUUUCUUCAACGAUUUAAAGGUUGAGUUUAAUAAGUGGUCGGUUGAUAUAUGGAAGCCAUUGCCGACGACGGCCACAGAGGGGACCGAGAGUGAGACUGAAAUAAAGCAACCUCAAGAUGAGCCAGAGGGAGUAGCUAGUUAG